CAUCAAAUAAAUUGACUUUGAAAAUAUCUCCCUGCAGCUAGCUAGUGCUGGGAACUACUAGCUCACUCCUGACUUGUUGCAGAGUGUUAGGAUGUCUUCAAGCGAAGAGGAAAAAGAUGAGUUUGUUCCUGAUGUCUCAUCGGACGAGUCACCAUCGCCACGACGUGAAGAGACUCAGCCCGACACCGGUGUAAAUGUCACUUCUCAAGAUUUAUUUGGUGAUGCUGACGAUAUAUCCACAAGCGAAUCUGAAGAUGGAAGUGAUGAUGACAACAUUGAUGGUGGGAAUGCCAUGCCGUCCCAGGCUAGUGAUAGUGCAUCUCAAACCCAGAGAUAUAACCGAGCGACUAUGGAGGAUGACGAUGAUGGCGGAGGCCAUGGAUUUGACAUUGAAGGAGAGAAUCAGCUCUCUCAUCCGGACUUUCCUGGAUUUCCUGAUGACGACGAAGAUGGAGACGGUGAAGGGGACAUUGAGCCAGUCACUAACGUCAUUGAAGCCGACAUGCCUAUUUUCCCGACCAUGAUGAGUGAGCAGAUUUCAUUUGUCAAAAUGCCGAACUUUCUUAGUGUAGAGCAGCGCGCCUUUGAUCCAGAACUUUAUGACGAAGAAAUUGAUGAAGAAGAGUUACAAGACGAGGAGGGAAGGUCCAGACUGAAGCUCAAGAUUGAGAAUACUAUACGGUGGAGGUACGCGAAGGACGCAUCCGGUGACACACUGAAUGAGGAGGGUCGUGAGCGGGAAAGUAAUGCACGUAUUGUGAGGUGGUCUGAUGGGUCGACAUCACUACUGCUUGGCUCUGAGGUAUUUGACAUCCACCAGACACCGCUGGGUAGUGGUGACUUCUCUCAUCUAUUCGUCCAGCAGGGUACAGGUCUCCAGGGCCAAGCCGUGUUCCGCAACAAGCUUACCUUCCGCCCACACUCCACGGAUUCACACACUCAUCGCAAGAUCACAAUGUCUAUUGCCGACCGUCUUGGCAAAACACAAAAGAUCCGCGUGUUGCCGGUUGUUGGCAAAGAUCCAGAUGCGCACCGUACAGCGAUGAUGAAGAAGGAAGAGGACCGCCUGAGAUCGGCCGUCCGCCUGGAGAACAUGCAGCGCCGAUCAAAAGAACGCAGCUACACCAGAAGUAGACCGACAGUGAAUUUCCUGGAAGGCAGGGGCGAUGAUGAUGAUGAUGAUGACGAUGAAACAAGCAUAUCUGCUAUUAAACGAAGCGUCGCAUCUGGAAAAAAGUCUAGCGUCAAGAAGUCUCAUUCCCAGAAGAGCAAACCGAAGAAGCAGCCUAAAAAGCGCAGUGGCAGUGGCUCCAGUGAGGAAGAGGAGGAGGAGGAUGAAGAUGCUGAUGGCUACGAUGAUGGCGAUGGCUUCAUCGAUGAUGGUGAUGAGGACGAGGAAGAAGCGGAGGAGAUGGAUGAGGAUGACGCACAAUCUACAUCCGAAGAAGAGGCACCUGCUGUCGAGAAGCCAAAAAAGCGCAAGGCAGUCGAGAAGGACAGUCCGACUUCCGAAAAGAAGAAGAAGAAAGUGAGGAGUAAGAACAUAAUAUCAAGCAGUGAGGAUGAUAGUGAUUGAGACUGAGUACACACACACACGUGCACGCACACACAUAUGCGUGCAUCCCACCCUGAGUAAAAAUUACUACUGUGCUGCCAUCGAUGAUUGCAAAUUGCUUUUCACCUGGUUCUAGAGUUCAUAUUUUCUCAUCCAAUCUCACAAAUGUUGCAUGACUGAAUGUUCUUUCUUCAUGUAAUUCCAUGCUCACAAUUAUCAUGAAACCCAUAAUAAUUCCUGUACAUAUAUCUGUCGCCGGGCAACCCAAUAAGCUGUUGUAUAAAGCCCCGUGUUUCUUGCUGAAAAUUUUGUACCUAGUAUUCCACGGCCUUGAGAACUUGUGAAGUAUUCUACUGUGUAUACUAGUAUUGGACUGUAUGCCGUGUGCUUGAUUGCAUUAUUUCUGUCUUCUUUCUUAUAGUUUUUUUUCGGUUGCCUUCUGGGCUCGGUGGUGUUCUAUCUGUCUUUUUUUUAAUGAUUAUGUGUACGGCACGUUUAGGUCACGUGAA